AUGUUUUAGCACCUAAAAAAUGAGUCCCUCCACAAACUGAACUUGUGGCUGUAGUGCAUUUUCUUCCACUUUCGCUCUCACUCACACAUUUCCUUAAAUUGCCCUUCCUUUAACUGCCAUCACCCUCUCUGAGAGUCUAGAUUGGUCAUCUCCACCAUCAAUGGCUGCCGCCGCCAGAAUUUCCGCCUCCUAUACCUCAGGAACUAUUUAUUUCCGUCAUACUCCGUUUCUUGGCCCAAAACCCACUUCGACAACCUCACGUGUUUCUCCUUUUUCUCUUAAUCUAGGCCCAAUUUUGAGGUCUAGAAGAAAACCCAGUUUCACUGUUUGCUUUGUUCUCGAGGAUGAGAAGCUGAAACCUCAAUUUGACGAUGAGGCUGAGGAUUUUGAAAAGAAGAUUGAGGAACAGAUCUUAGCUACUCGCUUGGCGGAAAAACUGGCUAGGAAGAAAUCGGAAAGGUUUACUUAUCUUGUGGCUGCUAUAAUGUCUAGUUUUGGGAUUACUUCUAUGGCUGUUAUGGCUGUUUAUUACAGAUUUUCGUGGCAAAUGGAGGUAGGAAUGGAGUUUUGGGCGAGAUGGGCACACAAAGCACUGUGGCAUGCUUCACUAUGGCACAUGCAUGAGUCACACCACAAACCAAGAGAAGGACCUUUUGAGCUGAACGACGUUUUCGCCAUAACAAACGCUGUUCCAGCAAUAGCCCUCCUCAACUAUGGUUUCUUCCAUAAAGGCCUCAUUCCCGGACUAUGCUUCGGUGCUGGGCUAGGGAUCACAGUAUUUGGAAUGGCAUACAUGUUUGUUCACGAUGGUUUGGUUCACAAGAGAUUCCCAGUUGGACCUGUAGCCAAUGUACCUUAUCUUAGGAAGGUGGCUGCUGCUCAUUCGCUUCAUCACUCAGAGAAGUUCAAUGGUGUCCCAUAUGGCUUGUUCUUCGGACCUAAGGAACUGGAAGAAGUAGGAGGGACGGAAGAGUUGGAAAAGGAAGUGAACCGAAGGACGAGACUUUCAAAAGGAUCAUGAACGAUUGUUCAUAAACACAGAAAGUCAUUUUACACUUCUUAUCAAUGAGGAAGGGUGAUUUUUGAUGUGUAGCUCUCUUGAUGAAAUGAAUUUGUUUUUAUGUAGGCUCUUAUUCAGUAAGAAAAAAAAAUUUAGAUUGUAUUGGUAUUUUAUGUUUAUAUUAUAUAGGAUUAGAAGCUACA